AAGAAUUAUCCCAUUUUACUAUCUGGAUUAUCUCUGUUUUAACCACAAUUAUUUCAUAAAUUCAACAAUCUGAAAAAUGAGCUUUUCAGAUGGAGCUUCUAAAUCGUCUUCCAAGAGUUCGACGAAACCCACUUAUUCUAGGUUUACCCAACAAGAGCUUCCUGCUUGCAAACCAAUCUUAACUCCUGCAUUGGUUAUGGCAACUUUCAUUGUGAUUGGCAUAACUUUCAUACCAAUUGGCCUUUCCCACUUGUCUGCUUCAGAGAAUGUGGUUGAACUCGUAGAUCAGUACGACGAGGUCUGCAUUCCUGCGGAUUCUCCGGAUCCUGAUGUUGUAUACUCGAAGAGGAUAGGAUACAUCCAGGAUGAAACGACGGACAAAACCUGUAUUAGGACUUUGAUUGUUCCAAAGAAGAUGAAGCAGCCUAUUUUUGUGUACUAUCAGCUUGAUCAGUUCUAUCAAAACCAUCGCCGUUAUGUGAAAAGCCGGAAUGAUGAACAGUACAGGGAUCCUUCGGCUAGUGCCAAAACCACCAAUUGUGAACCGGAAGCACAGCUUAGUGAAGGCCAGCCUAUUGUCCCUUGUGGCCUCAUUGCGUGGAGUUUGUUCAACGAUACAUACACUCUGUCAAGAAAUGAUGUUGCGCUACCAAUUAACAAAAAAGGAAUAGCAUGGGAGAGUGACAGAACCCAUAAAUUUGGGAAUAAUGUCUAUUCUAAAAAUUUCCAAAACCGAAGCUUGAUUGGCGGUGGGAAGCUUAUUGACAACAUUCCUCUGAACCAGCAAGAGGAUCUUCUUGUUUGGAUGAGAACCGCAGCAUUACCCAAUUUCAGAAAAUUAUAUGGCAGAAUAGAAACUGAUCUGGAAGUUAAUGAAAUUAUAAAAGUAGUGAUACAAAACAAUUACAAUACUUACAGUUUCAAUGGAAAAAAGAAGUUGGUGAUUUCUACCACAACCUGGAUUGGUGGGAAGAAUGAUUUCCUUGGCAUGGUUUAUAUCAUUGUUGGUGGAGUUUGUCUGCUCAUCGCCUUAGUUUUUAUCACUGUCUAUCUCAUCAAACCGAGGCCACUAGGUGAUCCAUCCUACCUAUCCUGGAACAAAAAUCCUGCUUCCGUGCAAUAGCUUUUCUUUUCUUAUUCGAAAUGUGCAUUGAGCGUACGAUGAUGAAAACUCGGUAAGUUGGCAUUGUUUUUCUAGCGAUGGCUGUACCUAUAACACUAAUCCUUCUUUGUCAUAUUCGAAAUUAAGUCCGAAAUCAAGUCCUUUCAAGAUUAUAUAUGUUUUUCUUUUGAGUUUUAA